AUGGAGGAAGAACUCAAGAUCUUCAUCCUUGUAUGGUUUUCUGCAAUUAUCUCUGUAACAUACUGUUACUACUUUACACCAAAAAUCAAAACACGUUUUAUUCGAUUAGUCUCAGUUCUUCGCGUGUGUGCUUUGUUUCUUGUUCUUCCCAUGUUUUUAACCACUAUUCAUUUUUCUUUCACCAUAGCGUUUUUCCUCUCCGGUCUUGUAGUUGCAAAGCUAAUCCUAUUUGCGUUCGAAAAAGGACCCCUUUUUCUAGUCCCUCCUAAUGUGUUCCACUUCAUCUGCUUUGCUUGCUUCCCAAUAAAGCUUCAGAAAAGCACUAAUCUUGAAAACCAUAAUCAUUUCCACAAAUGGUUUUUCACUGUUAAAUUUUUUAUCCUCAGUGCAUUAUUAUUACAAGUGUAUGAUUACAGACAAUAUCUACCUCCAAUUUUUUUACUGGGUCUUUAUUCUCUUCAUUUAUACUUAGAACUAGAGAUUUCCUUAACCCUCAUAAAAUUUCUCGUCACAGUCACUCUUGGAUGCGACCUCGAGGCCCAAUUCAAUGAACCAUAUUUAGCCACCUCCUUACAUGACUUCUGGGGUCACCGUUGGAACCUCAUGGUCUCGGAGACUCUCAAGCUUCCAGUGUACCUCCCCAUAGGGAAAUGGCGAGUUAAUAGCUCUGAGUGGGAUAUGCUCUUAGGGAUUUUCGCCACAUUCCUUGUCUCCGGUGUGGCUCACGAGAUUAUGUUCUUCUAUCUGAUGCGCGAGAAGCCUACAUGGGAGGUGAGUUGGUUCUUUGUGUUACAUGGAGUUUGCACGGCGGCUGAAGUAGCGGUAAAGAGGAAGACAAAGUUGGUGCAGCGGUGGCCGGUGAAUCCGGCGGUAUCAAGGCUGGUUACGGUGGGGUUUGUGUUUGUCUUUUUUCCCCCUCAGCCUGUUAGGAACGGCUUAAUGGAGAGGUUUACUAGUGAAACCUUGUUUUUAAUUAAUUUCUUUAAGCACAAGGUACUUAUAUUAUUAGGAUUCUUUACGAGUUUUUAA